AUGACUGAAGAAAGACUCAAAAUUGAAGACGAGCCUGUAGAAGUCAUAGAGGAAGUGGAAGAGAGCUCAAGCGAAUCUUCUUCUCUAAAACAAAAUAAAUCUCACGAAGAAGAAAAGAAAAAACCAGAUCCAUCUUCAAAAAUCGAACUAAUGAGUGACGAACCGCAAGAAGAAGGCUUUGUACCAAUUGUAAGCGGAGAAAUUGGAUUAAAUCCAGAGCUUCCUCAAAAUCAACAAACUACAAAUCCGAAUGUCGAAGAAAAGAACGAAGUUGAAAAAUCAAAAUGCUGCUUAAUUAUAUGA